AUGGCGUUCUAUAAUAUUGAACGGGUCUAUUAUCCUUUCCUGGCUGUCAUCGGUGUCAUCGUUAAUGUACUGACGAUUGUGAUCCUGUAUCGUGAAAAGUGUGGUCUCUCCAAAGAUAGCACUACAUAUCUGAUGGCAAUUACAGGGGCAGAUCUACUGAUAAUUUUCAUUGAUUUGAUAUUACGGCAGAUUCCUACACGUUAUGAGCAACAGUUCAUUUUCAUGACCUCCAUCCCCUUGUGGAGCAGUACUUUCUCUGAAAACUUGUCAAAGAACCAACUUCCACAACAGUCGGAGUGUCAGGAGGUGGUGAAAGAACUGCUCUUAUUUGCAAUCGGCUAUUUUCAAAGUGAAUCUCUGGGUGCUGUUGCCCGAAAGAUGUUGCUGUCUUUUCUGUCCCUGAUUCUGCUGCAGCUUUUGAACUGCACACCCGGGAACAGUCAGGCCCGCCGAUCAGGGAACGUGAGGCUGGUGAAUGGGGGCAGUCCGUGCGCAGGUAGACUGGAGAUUCUUCACCAGGGUAGGUGGGGGACUGUGGGUGGUUACAACUGGGACCUGAAGGACGCCGCUGUCGUGUGCCGGGAGCUGGGCUGCGGGAUGGCGCUGUCCGCACCGCGCGGGGCUCACUUUGGAGAGGGCUCGGGUACCGUUGUGACCUCUAAUGUUCAGUGCAGUCGAACCGAGUCUGCUCUGCGGGAGUGUACUUCAAAUUCGUGGAGUCACAGAACUGGGUGGUUACACUCUAACGAUGCUGGAGUCAUCUGCUCAGGAAAUGUCAGGCCCAGACUGGUCCCAGAAAGCACGCCCUGUGCCGGGAGGCUGGAGAUUCACUGGGAUGGAACAUGGAGGACGGUUUGCAAAGAUGGGUCCUGGUCCAGAGAGAAUGACGAAGUUAUUUGUGAGCUGCUGGACUGUGGCUCUGCAGUGACAAUACCGUUGACUUCUCACUUUGGAGCAGGCUCAGGUCCUGUCAUUGGGCCACCAGACUGUGGGCACCAGCGGGACAUUGAGGUCAUCUGUUCAGGUCGCAGAGUUCCCCGGCUUGUAGAUGGAGAGUCUCAGUGCUCGGGCAGACUUGAGAUGCUUUACGCUGGGAAUUGGGAAACAGUGUGUGACCUUCACUGGGAUUUGAACAAUGCUAAUGUGGUCUGCGCUCAGCUUAACUGUGGAGUCGCCCUGUCCAUUCCGACAAGAAUUCGUUUCGGGAAUGGCACUGGGCCAAUACGGAGAAAUCGCUUGGAAUGUAAAGGCAGCGAGAAAAGCCUAUUGGAUUGUCCUCUUUCUCCAGUAUCUCAGUACGAAUGCACCCACAGAGAUGAUGUCAGUGUGAUCUGUUCUAAUGAAAGGUGGCCACUCAGGUUGACACAUGGUGGAAGUCGGUGUGAUGGAAGAGUGGAGAUUUACCAGGACGGCAAUUGGGGUCAAUUACUGGACAAAGGGUGGGACCUGAACGAUGCUAACGUGGUCUGUAGGCAGUUAGGCUGUGGCGUCGCCAUAGCCGCUUACAACUCUUUAAAGUACGGACAACGCGGAGGGACAGUCUGGGCAAAUAACAUCCAGUGUAAGGGAAAUGAAACGCAUCUACGGAACUGCGGCUCAGUCCGGUUGGAUUCUCCUGUCCCCGACAGCAUUGGCGUAGGGGUCCUGUGUUCAGAUCACAUCCAGAUAAGGCUGUCCGGAGGUGGAACCAGAUGUGCUGGCCGACUGGAGAUUUAUUAUAAUGGUACCUGGGGUUCCGUUUGUGAUGAUUCCUGGGAUCUGACAGACGCUGGUGUGGUUUGCAGACAGCUGGGUUGUGGAAGGGCCUUGAACAAGACACUUCCUGCUUCUUGUGAACCCAACUCAGGCCCCAUUUGGUUGGAUGAGGUGGACUGUUCCGGGAAGGAAGCAUUUCUCUGGAAAUGUCCCUCAGCAUCGUGGAAUAAUCACGAUUGUCACCAUAAAGAAGAUGUGACGAUCGUAUGUUCAGAACACAAAGAGCUGAGGCUGGUGAAUGGUAAGCAUCGCUGCGAGGGGAGAGUGGAAGUGUUCUACAAUGGGACCUGGGGAACCGUGUGCUCUGAAAAUCUGGAUGACCACGACGCGCAAGUGAUCUGUAAACAGUUAGAGUGCGGCGACCUCGUUUCCCAAGACACUAAGUAUUUCGAACAGGGAUCUGGACAAAUCUGGUUGGAUGAGGUUGAGUGUAAUUUCCAAGAGACGACCCUUUGGCAGUGCCAGUCAGAGCCCUGGGGGCAACAUAACUGUAAUCACUUGGAAGAUACCGGCGUGAUUUGUUCAGAAAUCAACAAAGGCAAUAAGCAGCCCGACAGUUCAAAUGACUGCAAUCAAAGACCAGAAGCGGGAUUUGAUUUGCGCCUGGUUGGAGGCAAUAGCAACUGUACUGGGACUGUGGAGAUCUUGUACAACAACACUUGGGGCACAGUGUGUGAUGACUCCUGGGAUCUGGCUGAUGCCAGGGUUGUCUGCAGACAACUGGCAUGUGGUCCCGCUCUAUUGGCCUCAGGAGGAACAACUUUUGCCCAGGCUGACGGUGUCAUCUGGCUGGAUGAAGUGAAAUGCACGGGAAGUGAAUCUUUUCUGUCCGACUGUCCUUCCUUACUCUCAGCUCAGCCUGACUGUGACCAUAAGGAAGAUGCCCGGGUGAUCUGUUCCGAGCCUGAUUUGUCACCGAAUCCUACCCCGGCCACAUCUACAGAACAAGGAGAUAAAACCAGUUCCAUCCUUCCUGCUGUUUGCAUCACCCUAGCUGCCCUGAUACUCUGUGAGUUAAUCGCGCUACUGGCUGUAAGACAGAGAAAGUUUAAAAUAAAAGUUGCCCUUUCUGACCACUGGGAUUCCACUGCUGGUUUAUACCAAGGAAUUUAUGAAGAGAUUGAGAAUAUUGCAGCGGGCAAGCAUUCAGCUCAGACACAUGGCUCAGUUUCUUCUUCCCGUGACUCACUCAAUCACAUCGAAUAUUACACCAGUCAAGGUUUGGGUGAAAAUGAUCCUGGACCAGCGAAUCCUGAAGGAAACUCCUCCAGUACUCCGGGUCCGUUUGCAGGCAAUUAUGAUGAUAUUGAGACUGAAACUAAUGACACGCGGGACAGUCACUUGCUGCUUGAUCCUGGUCCCGAGGAUUUUUCCAAACUGAGACCGAGCAGCGGCGACGGCGCCGCUCUGGAGUACAGUACCCAAAGACGCUUUGAUCCCGAUUUCCCACUUCCUUCCCGGUUUGGAAACAAUGGAAAUAUUCAGCAAGAUGUGGUCGCAUUUGCAAAGCUUACUGCUGCAGAUAGGCAGUGAACCUGAUACAACACCAAUAUCAAACUAUUAAUUAGCGUCUAAUUCAGAAUAUGAUGUCCGGAAAUGUGUACAGCUUUACAGGAAUUCGUCUGUGACAAUAUUCACGAACAUUCCCAAUUACAUGAACAGAUUAUAUCCUUGUUUCUUGAUGUACACCUAUCUUUAAUCGAAUAAAAUGCUAUA